AUGGGGGAGGAUGACUCUUCUAACCCUCAUGGCGGUAGCACCACUGCUUCCUCCUUUCCUUCUCAACCAACCAUAGCCGAGCUGAGUGCCCAGGUGGCUCAACUAAUGCAGAUGCAAACUCAGACCUCGAACUUGAUCCUAACCCAGGAUCCUACCAAGACGACCCCGACCUCGACUCAGACGACGACCCCGACCUCGAAUCAGACGACGACCUUGAACCCGAAUCAGACAACGAUUCCGACGACGAUUACCUAUGAAGCUUCCGCUGCACAAAUUGGCAUAAAGUUGGAUGGCACCAACUAUGCCCUAUGGUCCCAAGUUGUAGAGUUGUAUAUCUCCGGCAAAGACAAAUUGGGAUAUAUUAAUGGUGAUCUUCCACAACCUCCUUUGACCGCUCCAACGUUUCCUCGCUGGCGCACCGAGAACUCUAUUGUAAAGGGAUGGCUCAUCAAUUCUCUAGAGCAGAGCUUGAUUGGCAAUUUCAUUCGUUUUCCGACGGCAAAAGCAGUGUGGGAUGCAAUUGCCACAACUUACUAUGAUGGCACUGACACCUCUCAGGUUUAUGAUCUGAAACGACGAGUCUCCCGUAUGCGACAAGCUGGCGGCUCUAUUGAAACCUAUUACAAUACUCUCCAAAGCUUAUGGAGAGAAAUUGAUUUCCGUCGUCCAAAUAUGAUGGAGUAUGAAAAUGAUAUCAAGCGGUAUAAUGAUAUUCUACAGGAAGAUCGAGUUUACAUAUUUCUGGAUGGCCUUGAUGAUCGUCUUGAUAAGGCCCGAAGUGAUGUUCUUCACAUGACUCCAUUCCCUACUGUGGACCAAGCUUAUGCCUAUGUUCGCCGUGAAGAUGUUCGACAAGCAGUGAUGAUGGGUUCAUCUGCACCCACUGGCGCUGGCUUAGCGGCGAAGAGUGCGCCUCGAUCAGGUCCCCCUACUCGUGCCGGACAGCCCCAUAAUUCCUCUACUCCAGCCCACCUUCAGAUCCAAUCAUAUGCUACUGCUGCUGGUGCGCCACCUCCUAAAACUAUCCCACCUUCUCGUCCCAAGGCUUCGACUGAUGGAAGUGGUUGCACGCACUGUGGCAAUCCCAAACAUACCCGUGACACCUGUUUUAAGCUGAAUGGUUAUCCUGAUUGGUGGGAGGACCUCCGCGCUCGCAAGCUCAGAGAAACUGCUAGUAAUUCCGGCCGUGCUGCUCUUGUUUCUACCGAACCCCAAUUAGCCUUGUUCCCGCAGGUAGACCCUACUGAUAGUCCUGCGCUUCCGGAUGUCUCAGGUAACUGCGGUUAUGCAUUUCAUACUUCUGAUAUACGAGAUACUACUGGUUGGAUAAUUGAUUCUGGCGCCACUGAUCAUAUGACCUUUGAUCCGAAUGAUUUUUUGCACACCACUACACCCCGCCGCACAAGUAUUGCCAAUGCAAAUGGAGUUACCUAUCCUGUAACAGGGGCCGGCACUGUCGCCCUUUCACCUUCUCUGUCCCUUUCUAAUACUCUCCUCGUUCCAUCUUUGUCCAAUAAAUUACUGUCUGUGAGCCAGGCAACUGAACAACUCAAUUGUUGUGCACUAAUUUAUCCAAAUUUUUGUUUGCUACAGGAUAUUCUCACCAAGGAGAUCAUUGGGCGUGGUACUAAAAGAGGGGGGUUGUACUAUGUGGAGGACUUCAGUAUGGGAUGUGCCAAUAGUGUAAAGCAUCCGUCUGAUGACAAGCACAGACAGAUUUGGCUCUGGCACCGACGUUUGGGGCAUCCAUCUUUUGGUUAUAUGAGACACUUAUUGCCCGAGUUGUUUUCUGUAUUUAAAGACUCAGAUUUUAAAUGUGACACUUGCAUUUUAGCCAAGAGUCACAGAGCAUCCUAUCCUUUAAGUAUGAAUAAAAGUAAUAUUCCUUUUGCUUUAAUUCAUUCUGAUGUUUGGGGACCCUCACCUAUUUCUACUCAUUCUGGUAUUCGUUGGUUUGUCACAUUCGUAGAUGAUUGUACACGGAUGACAUGGCUUUAUUUGAUGAAAAAUAAGAAUGAAGUGUUUUCCCUGUUUCAAUCCUUUCACAAACAGAUGGAAACACAGUUCAAUGCUCGAAUACAGAUUCUUCGCUCUGACAACGGUGGAGAAUUUGUCAAUCAUGAUUUUCAGACUUACUUCCAGACACAUGGCAUUAUUCAUGAGACAACUUGUCCCCAGACACCACAACAAAAUGGUGUUGCCGAACGAAAGAAUCAUCAUCUCCUUGAAACCGCCCGUGCUCUUCUCAUUGGUGGCCAUGUUCCUCGUCAUCACUGGGAUGAUGCUGUCAUCACUGCUGUCCACCUUAUCAACCGCAUGCCAUCUGGGGUCUUGAACUUCAAAACUCCAUUACAAGUGCUGGCGCAACAUGGGCCUCUACCAUCUAUUUUGGUGCUUACCCCUCGCAUUUUUGGCUGUGUGGCCUUCGUUCAUCUCCACAAAAAUCAACGAAGCAAACUUGAUCCUUGUGCGCUUCGUUGUGUUUUUUGGGUUAUGCCACUCAUCAAAAAGGCUACCGAUGGGGAGAUACCGAGUGAAGAGCUCAAUUGGAGCAGCUUGGAAAACGAAGAUAUUAACGAAGAUAUUCAUCUAUGCACAAAGAUUGCUCUCGGCCAAGAAACAAUAACAAUCGAUCGUCCCGAGUCUGGCACGUGCGAAUGCCCUCUGCCAAACAACGAUCAAUCGCCUACCCCUUGCAAAGCUGUUUUUUAUUCGAGUCAUACUCCUACAGACAACUCAGAACAACAAGAUGAAGACCCCCCCUCUCACUCAACAGUACCAACGGACCAAUCUCCUGAGAAUAUCUUUGAGGUAAAUACUCCUACUAGACUUGUGCCUUUAGAGGAUAAAACUAUUAGAUAUCAAUUACCUUUCAGGCAAAAUCGUGGGAAGCCACCAAACCGUUAUUCACCUGAUAUUGACAAGGCAUCCAAAUAUCCAAUUGCAAAUCAUGUAUCCACUGAGAAGCUGCCUGAACCACUCAAGGCUUUUGUGCAUCAGUUGUCUGCUAUCCAGAUUCCAACCAAGGUCUCUGAAGCAUUGAAAGAUCCUAAGUGGGUCCAAGCUAUAAAAGAGGAGAUGAGAGCUCUUGAGAAAAAUCAGACUUGGACAUUACAGACUAUACCACGAGGAAAAAAGACUAUCGGAUGUAGGUGGGUGUUUACUAUAAAACACAAUGCAGAUGGAUCUAUCGAGCGAUACAAGGCAAGACUUGUGGCAAAAGGGUACACACAGACCUAUGGUAUAGACUAUGAAGAAACCUUUGCACCAGUUGCAAAGUUAAAUACCGUCAGAGUCUUAUUGUCCCUUGCAGCUAAUUUGGAUUGGCCACUACACCAGUUUGAUGUAAAGAAUGCUUUUCUACAUGGCGAACUCGCGGAGGAGGUGUACAUGGACAUUCCUCCUGGAUAUAAUACUACUCAGACUGGAACAGUUUGCAGGUUACGAAAAGCAUUGUAUGGAUUGAAACAGUCACCACGUGCAUGGUUUGGACGGUUCACCAUGGCAAUGAAGAAUAAUGGUUUCAAACAGUGCAACUCAGAUCAUACUCUGUUCUUGAAACAUCGGAAAGGGAAGGUAACAGCAUUAAUAAUCUAUGUUGAUGAUAUGAUUAUUACUGGGAAUGAUAAACAGGAAAUAUCACAGCUACAAGACUAUUUGGCUACUGAGUUUGAGAUGAAGGAUCUAGGUGGACUCAAGUAUUUCUUGGGAAUUGAGGUUGCUCGAUCGCAGCAAGGCAUAUUUCUAUCUCAAAGGAAAUAUGUCUUGGACUUGUUGACAGACACAGGAAUGCUAGAUUGCAAACCUGCGGACACUCCUAUUAUUCAAAAUCAUCAUCUUGGAGAAUAUCCUGAUCAAGUUCCAACUAACAAAGAAAGAUACCAAAGGUUAGUGGGAAGAUUGAUCUAUUUGUCACAUACUCGACCAGACAUUGCUUAUGCGGUGAGCGUUGUCAGUCAAUUUAUGCACUCUCCAAGUGAAGACCACAUGAAUGCAGUUCUUCGGAUACUUAGAUAUUUGAAGUCUGCACCUGGAAAAGGACUUAUGUUCUCAAAGCAUGGUCAUCUAAAUAUUGAUGGUUAUUCAGAUGCAGAUUGGGCAGGUAAUGUAACAGAUAGAAAAUCCACAUCGGGUUACUUCACAUUCGUGGGAGGUAAUUUGGUGACAUGGAGAAGCAAGAAACAGAAUGUAGUAGCUUUAUCCAGUGCAGAAGCCGAGUUCAGAGGUAUGACUAAAGGGAUUUGUGAACUUCUUUGGUUAAGAAAGUUGCUUACUGAACUUGGGUAUAAACCUACAUCCACAAUGAAUCUCUUUUGUGACAACAAGGCUGCUAUAGCCAUUGCACAGAAUCCAGUUCAGCAUGAUCGUACUAAACAUGUUGAGGUGGAUCGACACUUCAUCAAACAGAAGCUUGAGGCUAAAGUGUUUCAAUUUCCUUUUGUGAAAUCCGAGGAUCAAUUGGCGGAUAUUUUGACAAAGGCGAUUUCCAGUAAAGCAUUCCACAAUUCACUGGAUCAGUUGGGCAUUGGCGACAUCUAUGCACCAACGUGA